CGUUUGAAACCUAUUAUUGUCGGCGAUUAGAUAUCACGUGAAAGAGUGUAUCUAAAAAUGAACGUUAUUAUUCCAUAUGUCCUUCUUGUUGUUAGAUAUAUUUUAUUAACAUAUUGAAAGAUAUCUCAAUUCUUUGAAAAUAACGGGAAAACUUUGCGCGUAAGACUACUUAAAUUAAGUGGAUAAUUAUUUAUUGUAAUUAUAUAUAACGUUUAGCAUACAGGCGGCUUCACUUGAGAUGGUCCAGCAAAAUAUAACUCAGUGAUAACUAUAUCAUAUUACUGUUCUUUGUACGAUAAUAGUGAUCAUAUUAAAUAAUCAUGAGAGUGCGGUGGCAUUAAUUGGAAAAUCUCUUUUCGGGAAAUUCUGUUAAACAGAAGAUUUUAUUCAAAGGGAUGGUAGCAGAGCAAAGAUCGACCAUGGAUCUUCGUAUAGUUUGUUGGUUCAUUUUCUCUCUUGUCACAGCUUUCGUAAAUAGUUACGAAUACGUCAGUGCUGCUAACAAGUGGUCACUGUGCUUAGUCGAUAGUGUACACACUACGCAAAGAAUUCUUUCACUCUGCCCGAAACUGGCCAAGAGUCCGGUAGAAUGUGUUAUAGAAACUGAUAGAUUUGGCUGUUUACGUCGAGUAGCCAAUGGUGAUGUCGACAUCACUGUGUUGGAGCCAGAAGAACUUGUGGCGAUAAGAAACUACAAAGUAUACAGUGUACUAGUCACGAAUGAAUUAAGACUCUUCUCAGAUGAUGACCAUCGUUUUAAAGUAGUGGCCAUAGCGCACAAAAAUGUGCAACGCAUAUGGGAUGUCAAGGGAAAGCGAUUGUGUCAUCCCGGUUUAGAUACAGUCGAUGAUUGGACUAAAAUUUUCUCAAUGUACUUUGAGAAUCUGAUAAUUAAAAAAGAAUGCGACGCAAAUAUGACGCUGUUCGAGAACAGAGUGCAUGCUCUGUCCAACUACUUCGAAACGGCUUGCAUCGCUGGCCCUUGGUCGGCAGACACAGUAUUUGAUUAUCAAUUGAAAUCGAGAUAUAGGAAUCUCUGCGCCGCUUGCGAGAAACCAGCUAGCUGUUACAACACCGACAAAUAUUAUGGACGAGAGGGUGCCCUGUUGUGCCUCACCGAUGGCAUGGGCGACGUUGCCUGGGUCAGAUUGGGAGACGCUCGCGUACACUUCAAGGCACAGAUGAUCGAUGUGCAAGAUUACAAAUUUCUAUGCCCGGACGGCACCACGAGACCGCUAAACUUUCAGGAACCGUGCAUCUGGAUAUCUAAACCAUGGCCGGUUAUUGUAGCUAGACCAUCGAAUGCUGAGAAUAUUGCCCAUAUGAUGAAUUCGAUGAUGAACAGAACGUUUAGUUGGGAAUCCAAUGUCUUACAGUUAAUGGAGAACUAUUACAUUACAUCUACUGACGUGAAAGAUUUGCAAACGCCCGACGAUUACUUACAUCGAUAUCCAAACUUCUUGAGCGCUAACGUUCGAACGGGUUGUCUACCAUCAAGAGACGUACGUUGGUGUCUGGUAUCCAAUCUCGAAAAGCGUAAGUGCAGCUGGCUAAGAGACGCUUCUAUCGUUUACGGCGUGGAACCGUUGAUUUCCUGCCUUCAAGAAACUAGCAGAGAAGCAUGCGUAGAGGCCACACGAGAAGGAAGAACGGACAUUUUUUUGGCGCGGCCUGAAGAGCUUCUCGAAAACAAAAUGAUGGGUUUGAAGCCUAUUAUCCACGCGAUGGCGCACAGCCGGCAAGAAUUGAAUAGGAUCGCGGCGGUUGUCAAAAGAAAUUCCAGAUUCAGAGUUAUGCAGGAUCUUAAAGGUGCCAAGGCGGCCUUCACGGGCUACAGAAGCGUCGGUUGGAACGCUUUUGUAACGUUAAUGAGGAACGAGUCGAACGGAAAUUGGGAUUGUUCGGACGCGCAGGCUAUUUCAAAAUUCUUCAAAGAUAGCUGUGUCCUCGGAUGGAAUAAUAAAAAUAAUGGCAACGAGCUCCCGGCUAAUUUACAUUCAUUAUGCAAGGAAGGUGCGGAACAUGCGGGUGACGAUCUAAAUACUUUUAAUUACUUGGCUUCCGGUGUCGUCGACGUUGCCUUCGUCAAUUUAAAAGUCAUAGAAAACAAAACGGAAGCCGGUGAUUUUUAUUACGAGAGAAUUGAUAAUAAGAAUAUAAAUCGUUUGCCUAAGUACAGAGUAUUAGGUCCGACCUUGGCGGAAGCUAUAAAAAGAGUUCCGUAUUUGCUCGCUUGGACGUCUCUCGGAUCGAUAAUGGCACACGAGAAUAUCACGGAUCUAAGACGCCAAGAAAUUUAUACGAUGCUACUUGAAAUGGAUAAGAUAUUUGGAAGAAAAUUCAAUGGACAAGCACCCACAUUCUUAUUAUACGGGCCUUACGAGGAUAAUCAUGGUGUUAUCUUUCCUGAUGGCACACGCUAUUUACAGCUACACGGUCAUCAGACAUUAAAGGGACGCAGUUACGACCAAAUUGUAGAAGAGUUUGUGAAACAAGAAAUUUGUAAUGCUGCUAGUGCAUGGAUUUCUCGUUCAGAGAUUCUUUUCCCAUACAUGAUUAUAAUCUUCGCUCUAAAUAGAUUAUUGAACUGUUGACGAUGGAUGGAUAGAUUACGCUCUCUAUACAAUGUCAUGUAAAUAAAGGGUAGUUCAUUAUUGGUGACAUAAUACAUGCCUGAAGCCGAGUUGCACAUUCGACCAAUUUUUUUUUGGUGCAUUCGGGGAGACGCUAUUAGCUUAAUUUACAUACGCGUUCUACUUUAAAGUGCUAUUUUUUUAGUUUCUAACAUAAUAAUAAUAAUAAUUUUUAAACAGUAAAUGUGGGACAAUAUAUGUUUUAAAGUCCUACAGCCCUAUAGUGCCCUGUAUGAAUUACGGUUAAUAUCUAUCAUCCCUGAGUUCGAGCGUCUUUAUAUCUCCGCACGCGGUCUAAAUGCCAUGAACAAAAAGAGUAGGGAUGACGAUGGGCAAAAUUGGUCGAAAUGUACAACUCGGCUCCAGGCCUGACGUAAUAUAAUUUCGCAUAAAAAGAUAAAUUUUUUUUCAAGCAGUUUUACUUUUGAGAAAAUCAAAUUUGGAGAUUGGACAAUUAAUAUCAAGUUAAUUAAGUUUGCAUAAUUUUCAAUAAUACAGUGCCAUACAUCGAAAGAUAAUUAAACAGCAAUUAC